GCUCUGUCCGCGUGAAGCGUCUCUUUAAAGCCGCAGUUCUUUUCUGUCGGCCCAGUGGGGACGCACUGCGCCUUUAAGCCGCCUGAAUGGAGCGUCGAUGACGACAUCGUUUUAUUUUUAUCGCAGUGACCUCAUCUCUCAUGGCAGCGAGUUCCUCUUCUCGUUUAGUCCAACUUUAGCGCCUCUACUUUCUAUUUUAUAAACUCGAUUCCGCUACAUCAAGUCAAACAACAUCUUUAAACCAGCCCGGGCGGUUGAGGUGCUGUCUGGGCUUUGACGUCGAGUUUUCAUACGAGUCCGAAACCACUUCAGGAUGAGGACCAGGAUCAGAUGCGGUGUCUUCGGCGCCUGGUCCAAGAGAAAAGACCCCUUUAGUUUCACACCUGCUGUGCUGUGAAUGACCCCCGACACACUCAACACACACACAAACAUACACUGUAACAACAGAGAGAGUUAGAGGGGUUUGGCUGUUUUGCUUCUCAGGGCAGAGCGAGGCCUCUCUCUGUCUCUCUCUCUCUCUCUGUCUGUCUGUCUCUCGGUGUUUCUCGUCCCAGAGUUUUGGGCUGCCAAGCGCCAUCAGGAUGACAUCAUACUGGGCCGACACAAUGGAGCUCUUCAUCGUUUGAGGUUCAUCGCCGGGCUGCAUCACUUUGCAGGGCCAAGAACAGAGAGGGAGGGGGUGGGGGGGAGGGAGGGGAGGAAAAAAAAAGGUUUGACAUGUCAGAGCGUUCGGGUUCCAGGUACGGGAUGCUGAGGCCUGGCAUGGUGCGGCCCAUUGGGGCAGAGGCUCUGGUGGCCCUGCUGGAAGGGGGGCUGGACCGUGUGGUGCUGAUUGACAGCCGGCCUUUCGUGGACUACAACGCCUCACACAUCCUGGAGGCAGUGAAUGUGAACUGCUCCAAGCUGAUGAAGAGGAGGCUGCAGCAGGACAAAGUCCAGAUCACUGAGCUGCUGCAGCACUCAGCCAGGAAGAAGUUGGAGCUGCAGGGUGACCAGGAGGUCGUCGUAUACGAUCAGAGUUCUUCAGACCCGGCGGCUCUCAGCUCUGAGUCUUUCCUCGGUGUCCUGUUGGUUAAGCUGGAGAGGAGUUUUCCCUCUGUCCACCUGCUUUCAGGUGGUUUCUCUGAGUUCUCCCACCUGUUCCCCGGUCUGUGUGAGGGGAAGUCCACUCUGGUUCCAUCCUGUAUCUCUCAGCCUUGUCUGCCUGUCACCAACAUCGGACCGACCCGCAUCCUGCCUCACCUGUACCUGGGCUGCCAGAGGGACGUCCUCAACAAGGACCUGAUGCAGCAGAACGACAUCGCCUAUGUCCUGAAUGCCAGUAACACCUGUCCCAAACCGGACUUCAUCCCCGAGUCUCACUUCCUGAGGGUUCCUGUUAAUGACUCCUUCUGUGAGAAGAUCCUGCCCUGGUUGGAUAGAUCGGUGGAGUUCAUAGAGAAAGCUAAAGCGUCUAAUGCUCGAGUCCUGGUUCACUGCCUGGCUGGGAUCUCUCGUUCAGCCACCAUCGCCAUCGCCUACAUCAUGAAGAGGAUGGACAUGUCAUUGGACGAGGCGUACAGGUUUGUGAAGGAGAAGAGGCCAACCAUCUCCCCCAACUUCAACUUCCUGGGCCAGCUGCUAGACUUUGAGAGGAAGAUAAAGAGUCCUCACUGUACAGAAACUAAACUAAAGUUGCUGCACCAUCAGGAGCCAAGCUGCAACAUCCCUGCUCAGCCAGAGGACCUGGAGCCUGCAGCCUGUCCAGAGGCCCCUGUGGGCCCCGGCCCAGCCCUGCUAGAGCCCCUCACCCUGCCCUGUGUUUUAGCCGACGCCCGAGAGGAGUGUUUGCUGGCUCAAGCUCUGAGUGGCCUGCAGCUCACUGAUGGACCCGAAGACAACGCCCGGCUGAAGCGCUCCUUCUCUCUGGACAUCAAGUCAUAUGGUGAGCCAGGUGGAAACGCCACUCACAGAGUGUUUGUCCCUCACGGUGGACCAGGAGAUGCCACUGAGUACUACAAACCAUCUGGCUUCAAAGAGGCCACCAGUAAACCCUGUCAGUUCUCCCCGGUGGAGGAGGUUUCAGAGCAGUCCACGCCAGAGCACAGCCCUGACAAGGAGGAGGCCCAUGGACCACCCCCGGCCUCCAGCGGCUUCACCAACCCUCCGCCUGCUGCUCCGAGCUGUUCACACCAGCUGCACCGGAGCGGCAGCAUGGAGGAGAAUGCUACCAGCUUCCUGUUUGGCCUCUCCCGCAGUCAGCAGCAUCUGGCCAAACCGCGGCCCAGCGGGGCCCUGAAAGGCUGGCACUCGGACAUCCUGCUGGGCCCCGUCACUGUCUCCAGUUCCUCCCUGGCUGGUGGCUGGUACCUCUCCUCCGACUCCACGCGUUUUUACUCCACCUCCAUCCUGAGCGGCGGCGGUGGAGGCUUCACAGCCUACAGUUGCGGCCAUGGCCUGGAGGCGGUGCGGCGGCGCAGUCGGCAGAGGACAGGUGACCGUGGAGACUCGAGAAGGAGUUGGCACGAGGAGAGCAGCUUUGAGAAGCAGCUGAAACGACGGAGCUGCCAGAUGGAGUUUGGAGACGGGAUGACAAACAGCAGGUCCAGAGAGGAGAUGGGGAAGGUGGGGAGUCAGUCGAGCUUCUCCGGCAGCAUGGAGAUCAUCGAGGUCUCCUGAACCUGAUCCUGAAACUCUCUUAGAUGUUUUCAGGCAGGAAGAGUCUGACGGACGCAGCUUCGACUCCAUUGACAUCAGAGGGAAACGGUAACAUGCAGCGUCACAGAGCGCUGUGUCACCAGACUGAGGGGAGCUGUGAGCUGGGCCUGAAACGUUUUCUGAAAAUCAGCUGUGAAGAAAUCGGGCUCAUAGAUGAGAGGACACGUUCAUCAAACAUAUUUUUUGAACGCAGAGAAUGCCAGAGUCUGCUGCAGAUAGUGAUGCAUCAUAGGUCUUUAGCCAUUAUGUUGCUAGGCUAAUGAGAUUCUUCAUGCAAGUUUACAGUGUGUGUCCGAGUCAGUCGGCACUAAAGGUUCUGUCUGACACCUGCUCAAACGUGUUUCUCCCACUAAACAGGAAUAGUCAGAACAUUCUUUGUGUGGAGCUCAGAGCCUGAAGUUAGAAGUAACACCACCAGCCAGAGAAAAUAUUGAAUAUCUGAUCCUUUGUCAGAGUAAAGACAGACAAGGAGCGAAGCUAGAUGGAGAUUUUCUGUGGUCAGACUCGUACCAGAGACACCGUGGUUUCUGACUGGGGGUGUGACAGUUCUCCACAUCUUGAUUUAUAACCGCAGACGUGAUCACGUAUUUACCACUGGACCAAAACGGUCGUGACACAUGCAGACGGAAAACGAAAUAAUAGAUGUAGUAAAGUACAAAAUAUACAGCCUGCCCUGAGUUUGGGGUUGGUGGGUGCAGAGUGGGUACUCCCCUAUUCAUGACCGGUGCUGUAACUCCAGGCAGGGUUGCCAUUUUGCCUUGAAGUGAAGAGAUGCCUCCCGCCCAAAGCCUGAACAUCUGCAGUUCAGUGGUCACUUUAUUAGGUACACUAAACUAAAUCAGGUUCAGUCUAAUCCAAUAAAUCUUUCUUCACGAAGGUCAUAAUAGUCAGUUUGAACAGUGCUGCAUUAUACGAUCAUGUUUAUUCAGCCUCACCAAUAUAAAUGGGAUGGACAAAAUACCAGAAACGGCUCUCUGUUUAACACAGUCCAGCUGAACAACAACACAAAGUGCAGCCUCCACAGUCAUCACACAGGUGAACCAACAUGUCUGAGACACAGUCUGAACAUUAUCACCUUCAUGAAGAAGGAUUUACUAUAGGACUGACUUAGAUGACUGUAGUAAGAAGUCGACAGGCCGCCGCUGUGUGUUGCUGUGGUGAAAGAACUCUGAGCCUUUAAAGUGUCAUCUGGUUUGUGGAGCCCCUCCUGCAUUUUCUCACAGACACGAGGAACCAAAGUGAAGCCUAUAGACGGAACGUUGGUCCUCUGCUCUGUUUCUCCUCUGAGCGUCAGCAGUGCCUCACCAUCUAAAUCCCCACUUUGUGUUUUAGGGUUAGUGAUGGCGAGAUUUCAGGUGAACGGCUCGACCUGAGGACGGGCUCAGUCAGGAUGUGAGUAACAGAGGCUGGGACUCUUGUUGAGACGCUGAGAGGGUUUAGAACAUACUGACGGUGGAUCACUCAGUUAAUCUUGCACUACUGUGGUGUGGAAAAUGGCUUUGAUUCAAAGAGUAUAAAUCAGUAAAGAGAAACAAUGCAGUG